AUGUUGUCCCAUAUUUGGAGAUCGCCGGGAGACGGCACAGGAGAGACCAAUCCCCUCCUCGAGGCAGCACUCCUUUCAACUACCGAGAUCGAUCACCCAAAUCUGAAGGCAGACGAAUGCAGCACCGACAGCGAUGACGAGAGUGAUGGCGACAACCAAGAAGUGAAGGAUGCCCGGAACGAACGCCUUCGUGAAACUGGAGGCUGGCUUGGGUAUCUGAAGGACUUCACCAUUUUCCUACCCUACGUGAUACCUCGCGGAGACAUCAAAGUAUUAUCAUGCUUGAUCGUUUGCAUCAUCACCCUUCUCCUGGAGCGCAUUCUCCAAGUUGCUAUUCCACACACGCUCGGUCUCGUCGCUGAUGGAGUUGCAUCUGGAGCUGCGCCCAUCCGGGAGUUACUCAUCUACUUCGCGCUUGAUAUCAUUCACGGCGAGUCGGGCAUAGGCUUCCUCCAGGACCUGUCGAAAAUACCUAUCAAGCAGUUCUCGUACAAAAAGCUUACGAAUGCUGCUUUUAACCAUGUUAUGGCCCAAUCCAUCGAUUUCCAUUCAACCCGAGACGUGGCCGAAGUCAUGAAGGCUAUUGAGCAAGGCGAAGCACUUGGCAACGUUGUCGAAACGAUAGUCAUCGAUAUCGCCCCCACCGUGAUCGACGUUAUCGUUGCUUGUGUUAUCUUUUAUCAAAGGUUCGACUCCUCUGUGGCUAUGGUCCUGCUUGGUGCAUCCAUUGUAUACCUUGCCGCAGAAACGUCAUCGUCGCGACUGACGACUGGCGACCGAAGAAAUCUGACACGAGCGGAACGUUUGGAAACGCGAAAGAUGCAUCAAGCCGUCCAGGGAUGGCAGACCGUAACUUAUUUCAACCAGUUCCAGCGCGAGGCUUGGUCAUUUUCGAGCGCAGUUGCUGAACACAUGAUGGCAAAGACGCGCUACGAGGCGCGUCAAGCGGUUGUCAAAGCUCUCGUGGAGCUUAUAGUGCCAGUCACGUUCUUCUCACUUGCUUAUUUGGUCCUUCAACUCAUAGCUGCGGGAAAGGCGCGGCCGGGAGACUUUGUCUUCUUCCUCACGUACUGGGAUUCCAUCAUCUAUCCUCUGAAAUUCCUAACAAACCAUGUACGAUGGCUAGUUGGUGACUUCGUCGAUGCUGAACGGCUGCUCUUGCUUCUGAAGACUCAACCUUCCGUUGUAGAGGCCACUGACGCUUAUCCACUCGCGGUUCGCGAAAGCAAGGUUCAAUUCGACCAGGUAUCCUUCUCGUACGAGGAGGGCCGCUGCGCACUUCGCAACAUCUCAUACACUGCCCCGCCCAGCCAAACAGUUGCGCUUGUUGGUCAGACUGGCGCGGGCAAGUCCUCAAUCCUGAAGUUGCUGUUGCGAUUACACGACGUUACAGCCGGCAGGAUAACAAUUUCGGGCCAGGAUAUUCGCGAUAUCACACUCAGCUCACUUCGUGACGCUGUAAGCGUUGUGCCUCAGACUCCAAUGUUUUUUAACACCUCGAUUUUGGAGAACGUCCGCUACGCCCGCAGUACAGCAACCGACAAAGAGGUACAUGAAGCCUGCGAGGCAGCGGCAAUGCACGACACUAUCAUGCGCUAUCCGGAUGGUUAUAACACACAAGUUGGCGAGCGUGGUGUUAAGCUGUCUGGUGGCGAAGCGCAAAGACUUGCGAUAGCGCGCGCGCUGUUAAAGGAUGCCCCGAUUGUGUUACUAGACGAGGCGACGAGUGCUGUCGACACAGUAACAGAAUCGAAGGUUAAGAUUGCGCUUCGAAAGUUGAGAAAGGGGAGGAUUGUCAUCGUGAUCGCGCAUCGAUUGAGCACUAUCGUGGAUGCGGAUAUGAUUCUGGUGUUACAUGAAGGCGAGAUUGUGGAGAGAGGCCAACACAAUGAACUGUGCGAGAAGAAGGGGAGAUAUUGGGAACUGUGGGAACGGUCAUAG